GUGUGAAAUCUAAAUUGUGAGAGAGCAAAGAGAUCGGUUCUCACUCGUUUAAAUUUUAACAUUUUUACAGCGCUUUAUGUCAGAGAUUUAACAAGUUAAAAACACUCAUUAAUCCUGAUCGGAACCGCAGUGUCAGAGAAAUUUCUCAUGGAGAAGACGAGAACAAAAAGUGGUAUAAAAGAAAACCAUCUGUUAAACUGUAAGAAAAUUUAGUGUUCUUUAACUGAAAGAUGGAAAGGUUUACGUUUUAAUAAAUAUAUAUAAUUUGUAUAUCAGGCUCUGCUGGAUGGACUACAUUAAAGUUAAUAGAAAAAGAUAUAAAGUAAAGGGAUCCCUUUUGAGUUGGAUAACAAUAUGUGCAUACAGUACAACAUUAACAUUAUGGGAUACUUAAAGAUCUUAUACAUUUGUUAUAAGAGGCCCCGGCAAAAUAAGGUAAGACUGGUUAUCAGAAAGCUGUUGAGGAUCCGCCCCCUUAUUACACAGCAAUAUCUCACUUCCUGAUUUUUUAUCAAUCAUUUGUGUGUUUGAUGUCCUCGCUCCAUUUGAUAAGAAAAUGUCAAAGUUCGGAGCCAGAGUCACCAGAGUUGAGUCCAAUCCAGCACCAUGUUUGUCUCCAUAGUUCUGCUGUGGUUCUGUUUCUGCUUCAUCCUCUUUCAACUUCAAGCUCGGAGACCCAAGAACUUCCCACCAGGACCCCCCAUCCUGCCGGUACUGGGGAACUUCUUGCANCUGGCCUCAAAGAACCCCCUGAAGGAACUUGAAAAAGUCAGGCAGACCUAUGGAAAUGUCUACAGUCUGUUCCUUGGUACCAGACCAGCUGUGGUCAUCAAUGGGUUGAAGGCAAUGAAGGAGGCCAUGUUGGUUAAAGCUGCAGACUAUGCUGGUCGACCUCAAGACAUGUUUAUUUGUGAUAUAGUUCAGCGUAAAGGAGUGGUUCUGGUAGAUUACGGGCCUGUUUGGAGGGAACAUCGUCGUUUCUCUCUGAUGACUCUGAGAAACUUCGGUCUGGGGAAGAAAUCCAUGGAGGAGAGAAUUCAUGAAGAGAUACAGAUGACCGUUAAAACACUGGAAAAAAGCGUUGGUAAAACUCUGAGUCCUCAGGUGAUGUUCCAUAACGCAGCCUCCAACAUCAUCUGUAAGGUUCUGUUUGGGACCCGUUAUGAGUACAAUGAUGAGACCAUUAAAAAAGUUAUUCAGUGGUUCACAGAGAUGCUGAAAAUAUUUAAUGGACCGUGGGCCAUGCUGUACGACUCAAUUCCAUAUGUUUCGUACCUGCCACUGCCAUUUAAAAAGGCCUUUAAGAAUAUGGAGCUGUAUCUCGACUUUUCAAAUGGUUUGGUGAACGAGCACAAGAGGACCAGRACYCCUGGAGAACCUCGAGACUUUGUGGACUGCUACCUGGAUGAACUGGAUAAACAGAAAGAAGAUUCUUCAUUUUCUGAGGAACAGCUCAGAAGGAUCACUUUUGAUCUUUAUAUGGCUGGAACUGACACCACCUCCAACACCCUCCUGACUGGGUUUCUGUACCUCAUGAACCAUCCGCAGGUCCAAGAUCGAUGUCAGCAGGAGAUUGAUCGAGUUCUGGAUGGGAGGGAUCGGGUUAGUUUUGAGGACAGACACAACAUGCCUUACGUGCAGGCUGUGAUCCAUGAAAUCCAGAGGGUUGCCAACACUGUUCCACUCAGUGCCUUCCACUGCUCCACUAAAGACACAGAGCUAAUGGGAUAUGACAUUCCCAAGGGAACAUUAAUCAUCCAGAAUAUGGAGUCAGUGCUGAGGGAGGAGGGUCAGUGGAAGUUCCCUCACGAGUUCAGUCCUGAGAACUUCCUGAACGAGCAGGGAGAGUUUGUCAAACCAGAGGCCUUCAUGCCUUUCUCUGCAGGUCCUCGGAUGUGUCUGGGAGAGGGUCUGGCUCGUAUGGAGCUGUUCCUCAUGACGGUGACCCUGCUGAGGAAGUUUAAAUUCAUCUGGCCAGAGGAUGCUGGAGAACCAGACUUCACUAUGGUUUUUGGGGCAACGUUGACUCCAAAACCUUACAUGAUGAAGGUCCAGCUGAGGUCUGAACAGUGAGGAGGUGCAGACGCUCUGCAGACACUGAUGAAUAACUGAUCAGUUAAAUAAUAAUUAUAAUCAUUGUCCAAUCCUUUGGACGCCAUUGUAUUUUUGGUGGAUCUAAGUGUUAACAAUUGUUUAGAAGCUUAAAGUUCAUUCUAAACUUUGUCUCAGACACAGUUUUUCUCAAAUAUAUUUCCACUCUGUAGAUCAUAUAAGAAAUGAUUAAUUUUGUCCUACAGGGUUUGCCGUAGAUGGGGAAUACAUGUAAUGUCACUCCCUGGUGUACUUGGUCUGUAUUAGCUGUUAGCUGUUGUUCCUAUCGCUAAAGAUUCAAGUGAGAAGUUUCCUGGUUGUUUGUCUUCCUUUUAUUACAAUGCUACCAUAAAGAAAGCAUUUACACACA